AUGGAUAUUGGCACGGCAGCACUGGAAUCUGGCUACGCCCGACCUAGACACAGUGACGAGGACCAUGACCUACACGAAACCCAACCACUGCAGCCCAGCGAUACCUAUCAGAGGUCCGACACGUCGAAUUCAACGAAAGUGCGAUUGGAAGACUCGACCGUGAGAUCUUCCAUGGUCGACAAGAGGCACACUCCGUACAGAGAAACAGGUCGUUUGACGUGGUCGUUCGAACUAGUGGCCGCAGUUUUCUCAGUCGCUUGUUUUAUUGGUCUCAUCAUUCUGCUGGCAGUGUCUCGAGGCAAAGAGCAAAGAUACUGGUUUGGCGGCCAUAUCACCUUGAACGGUUUGGUGGCUCUGAUCACCACCAUUACACGAGCAAGCGUCAUGGUAUCUGUCGCCGCUUCUCUCAGUCAGCUAAAGUGGAAUCGUUUCGCUAGCAAUACCUCUUUGCAUCCCUUAGAUGAUCUGAGCCGAUACGACUCGGCCAGUCGUGGCCCGUGGGGUAGUCUGAACCUGCUCAUCAGACCGCACUUGUAA